AUGCACCCCCUCCUCGCCUUCUUCCAAUCCCACCUCCUCACCCUCGCCAACUACGGCGCCGACAUCGAAACCUCCGUCCUCCACAUUCCGCCCACCUUCCGCUUCUUCUCGCAGAACGCUGCCCCGGAGCGGCAGUGCAUAGAAGCUACUAUGCUACUCGCUGCGCCUUUCCACGCUUUCGUUACGAUUCCAGUGCUGGAUUGGUUGCUGGGCCCUGCUGGCGGGAAUAUUGGAGGCACAAGAACAGCCCUAGUAUGCUAG